CUUCAUAGUAUAUCUUCCACCAUUGAAAUUUCGAAUUUUGUCGUAUUUUUGGCUGAGAGGGGUGGCUUGCAACCUCGAUAUCGCUUGUUCCAGGCAUGCUUUGGAGCCAUCUUCUGUUGAAAUAGUGGCGGGAACCUGCCCUGCAACUGUUCCAACAGGAAAUUAAUCGAUCCGAGAAAGCGCGAGUCCGCGAAAUCCGGUUGAAAAUGGAGUAUUUCAAGCCUUUCCAGACGAAGAUGGAGUUCUUUUCGGAGAUGGACGCCGCUGAGAUGGCAACAGAUCUCUGCCGCCUGGCUUUGCCAGGACUGAUUUGUUCCAUCGUUUUCUUUUGUGCCUUUCGUGAUGCUGGCAGCGGCAUGACACUUGGGAAGCCUGUGGGCAACGUCCACAUCCCCCACAGGCUUCUCAUUCACUGGCACACGUGCCAUGAAGAUACCACACCACGGUCGGAGUACAUAGCUGCUCUCAACAAGACACUGAACUGUGGCCACAUACUGGAUGAAAACAAUAUAGCUUUGCAAGACAGACUAUUCAAGAAUAUUUCGAGGGUGUUUGCAAAGUAUAGCAAGAGUACCGGUGGAGAUAAGAGAAAACGAAUAUAUGAUGGAGAGUGCAACAUGGUUAUCUGUGCGGAAGAGAUCAUUUCGACGAGGGAUAAGAUGGAAUCUCUUACCAUGCAACUGGACACAGCAAAGAAACUAAAUGAAGCGAAAGAGCAGGAGCUAAAAAUAUUAUAUGAAAGCCGGUGCAUGAACUGA